AUGAAGUUCAAUUUUGCCACUGGCCUGGUGUGUUUACUUGCUACCACCGAAGCUGUAGGAGCUUCGAGCUGGUGGAGCAAAGCUGUCUACAACAAAUGGCACGAAACUGAGCUGGAACGAUGGCUCUCCGACCACGACAUUCCUUACCCCUCCCCCGCCGACCGCAGGGAUCUCGAGAACCUUGUCAAGUCCAACUGGGACAGCCGGGUCCAGAAGCCUCUGGGCCAGGCUUCUGACACCAUCUCGGAUGAGCUUCACCAAGCGAGAGAAUGGGUCUUUGACACCUGGUCGGACUCCCAGCUGAAGGCAUUCCUUGAUCGCCACGGCAUUCCCGCCCCUCAACCCCGCAAGCGCGACGUCCUGAUCAAGACCGCCCGCGAGAAUUAUGAAUCCGUUGCGAACAAGGUUGGCGAGACCGCAUCCUAUCCCGGUAAUUGGCUGUAUGAACAAUGGACCGAGUCCGACCUCAAGGAGUGGCUUGAUGAGCGCGGAUGGCCUGUUCCCCAGCCCACCACCCGGGACCGUCUUAUCGCCUCUGUCCGCCGCAACUCUCGUCUGGCCAGCUCGCAGGCCCGUAACCUCGCUUCAUCUGCAAUCUCGUCUGCCCAAGCUGCCCAGUCCUCUUUGGGCGAUGAGUUGUUCAAUGCCUGGUCUGAUUCCAGGUUGAAGGAGUUCCUUGACGAGCACAAUGUCAAGGUACCCCAGGGCUCGAAGCGCAAUGAGCUCAUUGCCCUUGCCCGCAAGAACCGCGCCUAUCUCGUCGAUCAAGCUGCUAGUGCCUCUUCUGUUGCUUCUUCCGCUGCUUCGGAUGCCUUUGGCGCCGCUACCACCCGGGCUGGCAACCAAUAUGCCAAGGCUACUGAUGACGUCAAGCUGAAGGUUGAGGAUCAGUUCGACGCUGCGGCCAGCACUUGGUCCGACUCUCGCCUCAAAGCCUUCCUCGAUGCCCGUGGUGUCCCCGUUCCCCAAAACGGCAAGCGCGAUGAGCUGCUUGCCAAAGUUCGCUCCAGCGCGCACAAGGCUUCUGGUGGAUGGAAUGAGUACAACUUCGAUACCUGGGAUAAAGAGCACUUGAUCAAUUACCUGUCUGCCAUGAAUGCGAAGGCCGCAAAGAAGGCCGAUGCCUCUCGUGAAGAGCUGGCCAAGCAAGCUAAGGACGCAUACAUCAAGGCCUCCAAGGCUGGUGGCGAUCAGUACGCCUCAGCUACCUCCAACCUCGCCGUGGCUACCGGUUCCGCCAAGGACACUACCUUUGACAGCUGGACGCACUCCGAGAUCAAGAAGUAUCUUGAUUCUUACGGCAUCCCCGUGUACCAGGGCUCAAGCAUCAACGAUCUCCGCGCAGCUGCUCGUCGUCACGCUACCUACUUCAAGUACGGUACUAACACCCCUCAGGACACCAUCUAUGCCAAGAUCAUGGAGACUGUCAACUGGGUUGUUGAUCAAAUCAAGGUCGGAGCCUCCAGCGGCCGGGCCCAGGGCCAAGAGGCGGCCGAAAAGGCCCGCGCGAAGGCGUCUGAGCAGUCCCAGAAGAUUCGCUCGGAGCUGUAA